AACAGGGAACUUAAACCCGGGUCAGCGUGCGACGCUGCGACACUUGCGCGUGGGACAACGGGAAAAGCACAAUGGGGGACACGCCAGCCACUGAUAAAAGAUUAGAGUUCCUGGAGGAAUAUGUGAUAAAGACCAUGAAGCUAAAAGCAGACCGAUGGCAGAAAUGCAUCGCAGCAGAAGAGCAUAAGAAAGUCAUACAAGACUUUUUGGACAGACCUGAUCAUAUCACUCUUGUGCUGUCUUUGAAUGCGGCGGGGCACUUGCUGCCGUCAUCUGAAUUCCCUGCGACGUCUAGGAACAAAUCUGUAUACUUUGUGAAGCGGUGCAAAGAUGUCCUUAAUCCCGAUUCUAUUAAAAGUAAUUUAUCAUAUGGUGAUUUAUCUCAUUCCCCUUUGGACCAGUUUUCCGCACUUGUAGAAGAGGUAGUGGUGCCAGUCCUGUCCAAUAACAGGAACCAUUUUGAGUGGCCUCAUGUUGUGACUCAGGAUGUGAAAAGGCAUGUUCACACUCUCAAGACCAAUGUGUUUGUGGUGGCGGGACAAGUCAGGGGCAAGACACUUCUCUCGCUACCUGCAGGUUCAGGAAGAGUGGAACAAGCGGCCCUGGAGUGGGAAGAGAGUGGGGACCUUGUGGACAAAAGUAUCAUCCAUUCGAUUGAGUCUGUGGUGAUUGAAUGGAUUCAUCAAAUUCGUGGUGUCCUGAAGAAGGUCUCCUCAGAGUCACUCCUCGAAGGCGAGGAUCCAACCCCUCACGUGGAGCUGCUCUUCUGGAGGAAUCGAUUUGCUGACCUAGAAUGCAUUUACGGCCAACUGAAGUCAACAAAAGUUAGCAAAAUGGCAGAAUUGCUUGAGAGGAUGGAGAGCAGCUACUUCCCUGCUUUUCAAAAUAUGCUUCAAGAUGUUGUAUCAGCUUUGGAGGAAGCCAGGGACAUCAACAUUUACCUGAAACCGCUUCAGCAGAUCUUCGAGGAUAUGGAGAGCAGAGAGUUCAGUGAGAUGAAGUGUCAGAUUCCACCUCUGAUGCACACGGUCUGCUUACUGUGGGCGCAUUCCAAAUACUACAACGUCCCCGUCAGAAUCAUCGUUCUGCUGCAGGAGAUCUGCAAUCUCCUCAUACAGCAGGCUCAGGCCUAUUUGAAUCCCGAGGAUUUGCUAAAAGGAGAGACAGAUGAAAGCCUGACCAAGGUGCGGGAAACCCUGGAUGUCCUAUAUCACUUCCGGCAAAGCUAUGAUGACAGAAGAGCCAGUCUAAGACAAUACCAGGAGAACAGUCAGCACCAGAGGUCAUGGGACUUCUCCCCCACUGUGGUCUUCACUAAAAUGGAUUGGUUCAUUGGGAGGUUGCAGACUAUCGAGGGUUUUCUGCUGAUGGUCCUGGACCUGACAAAGCUGGAGAAGAUUGAGUUUGGAGGGACGCGUGGAAAGAUGCUGAGUCAGCAGGUCCUUCAGAUGUAUGAGGAGUUCUUGGAGAAGUACAAAGCCUUCACGGAGAAGCCCUAUGAUUCUCUCAGUGCUGCUAACUUGGAUUUUGAAGCAGAUGUUCACGAAUUUAGGAACAAAGUGGAAGACAUGGAUCGGCGACUGAGUUCAGUCUUUUGCCAGGCUUUUGAUGACGCUUCAAGCUUGGAGCAUGCCUUCAAGGUCAUAGAUAUGUUUGGCAGCCUUCUUGUACGACCCUUGAUUAGCACUGGUGUUCAAGAUAGAUACCCUCAACUAGUCAGGAUGUUCGACUUAGAACUGGACAACUGUAAAGUGCUGUACAACAAGCAUAUACAAAGGGAAGAAGAGCUUGGUUACACCCCGGUUCAUAAGAAUAUGCCCCCUGUCACUGGGGGACUGAGAUGGGCGCAGCAAUUGCAGGAACGCAUUCAGAUAUCUUAUAGAAAGUUGAGGCAAAUCGCACACCCGUGCAUUGAGUCUGCUGAAGGGAAGAGAACAGUCCAGAAAUACGAAGAAAUGAUGAGGUUACUUAAUAGUUACUCUUGUAAGUUGUAUGACGUUUGGGCCGAAGCAGUGGGUGAGAAGUCUCAGUACAACCUUACUCAGCCUAUAAUUUGUAGAGAUCCCAAAACAAGGCUCAUCACUGUCAACUUCAACCCCCAGUUAGUAUCUGUAUUGAGGGAGGUAAAAUACUUGGAAUCGAGACAGGCUGAGGCCAUUCCAGAAGCAGCAGCAGCGAUCUACUCCAGCAAAGAAAUUCUGCAGCAGUACGUUGCCAAUCUGGAGCUCACUGCUAGCUGGUACAACAAGGUGAUUCAGACAGUACUGGAGGUGGAGUACCCACUCGUACAGGGACAAAUAAAAGAGAUUGAUGCCCGCUUAAUAGAGGCCGAGAAGUCCAUCAACUGGAGAAGUGAAGGAAUCUGGAAAUACAUUCAGGAAGUUCAGGAAGCCGUCCAUGACCUUGAGAAAUGCCUACAGAAGGUGAAAGACAAUGUUGAGGAGAUCCGGAAUGUUAUGAAGACCUGGGUGUCUCCCAUCUUUGAGAGAAAGGAGGGAAGGAAAGACACCCUCAUCAACCUUGAUGACAUAUCGGACCGGCUUGAAAAACGUUACAUCCAAUUUCGAGACUCAGGGGAGAGGAUCAAUUCCUUGUUAAAGGAAAAUCUGUCCCUUUUUAAAGCUGAUCCUGCUUCUGAGACAUGGAGGGCUUAUGUUGAUUAUAUAGAUGAAAUGGUUAUUGAUGGCUUCUAUAACAGCAUCGAGUGCUCUCUGAAGUUCCUUCUAGAUAAUACAGAUUCCAGGGCUGGUUUGGCACCUCUAUUUGAAGUCCAGCUAGACCUACGUGUUCCAGACAUGGUCUUCUUUCCCUCCCUGGAGUUUGGUGCCAGUAAUGGCUUUUUUGACUUGGUUGAAGGCGUCACUAAUGAUAUCUACAGGAUAUCUUCACUGAUCCCACGACUGGCUGAGCACAGCGAUGUUCCCCAUUACCAGGCGGAUAUGGAGGAUAUGGCUGAUCUGGCUGAUAUGAGGCAGCUUCUAAUGGACAAUGUGCGGCAAGCGAUGUCUAAGUGCUGCGAAUACUGCAGCGCCUUUGACCAGUACGCUUACCUGUACGUGGACGACAGAAAGGAGUUCAUGCGACAGUUUCUGCUAUAUGGCCAUGUGCUCACUAGCGAGGAGAUAGAAGCUCACGCAGAAGACGGAGUUCCUGAGAGCCCACCCACGCUGAAACAGUACAAGGAGCAAGUGGAUUCUUACGAGAAGAUCUAUGAGGAAGUCCAGCAUCUAGAGCCCAUUGUGGUGUUUGAUAGCUGGAUGAGAGUUGAUGCCCGCCCCUUUAAAAGUGCUUUGCUGAACAUUAUCAAGAAGUGGAGUUUAAUGUUUAAGCAGCACCUCAUUGACCAUGUCACCAACAGCCUUUCUGACUUGGAGAAGUUCAUCAAAGUUGCUGAAAAACAGCUGAGCGGAAAAGUGGAGGAAGGGGACUAUAGUGGUUUGGUGGAAGUGAUGGGGCAUUUGAUGGCAGUGAGAGAGAGGCAGAACAGCACAGAUCAGAUGUUUGAGCCUCUACAACACACCAUAGAGCUUCUGAAGACGUAUGAGCAAGAACUGCCAGAGGAGGUGUACAAACAAUUAGAGGAGCUGCCAGAAAAGUGGAACAAUGCGAAGAAGCAGACUGUCACCAUGAAGCAGCAUGUUGCACCACUACAGGCUAAUGAGGCGGCCAAACUGCGCAGGAAAUGCGCGUCCUUUGAUGUGGAGCAGCACAGUUUCCGAGAGAGCUUCCACAAAGAAGGGCCUUUUAGGUUUGACAGUGAAAACCCAUAUCAUAUGCUAGACUUAGCUCACCAGCAAAUUCAGGAGAAAGAAUUCACCAUGGCCUCAAUUAUUGAAUCUGCCGUCCUCUUUGAGGUGAAUGUCCCAGAUUACCGGCAAUUGAAACAGUGCCGCAAAGAGGUGCUAUUGCUGAAGGAACUCUGGGAUAUGAUUACCGUUGUGAAUUCUAGUAUGAGCGACUGGAAGACCACAAAGUGGCGCGAAAUAAACGUGGAAGACAUGGAACUGGAGUGCAAGCGUUUCUCUAAGGACAUUCGGGCACUGGACAAGGAAGUUCGAGCGUGGGAUGCCUUUUCAGGACUGGACAACGCAGUGAAGAAUAUCCUAACUUCACUGAGGGCAGUGGCGGAACUGCAGAACCCUGCAAUCCGGGAACGACACUGGCACCAGCUGAUGCAGGCCACGGGGGUGCGCUUCACUAUGGACCAGGACACCACACUAGCCGAUCUGCUACAGCUCAACCUGCACCAAUUUGAAGACGAGGUUCGAGGCAUCGUGGACAAGGCAGUGAAGGAGAUGGGCAUGGAGAAGGUGCUAACAGAGCUGAAUACCACUUGGAGAGGCAUGAAGUUCCAGUAUGAGCCGCACCACCGAACCAAUGUGCCCUUAAUCAAAUCUGAUGAAGAACUGAUUGAGAUUCUUGAGGAUAACCAGGUGCAGCUACAAAAUCUCAUGUCUUCUAAGUACAUCGCCUUCUUUCUGGAGGAAGUUUCUGCCUGGCAGAAGAAGCUGUCCACUGCGGACUCUGUUAUCACAAUCUGGUUCGAAGUGCAGAGAACCUGGUCUCAUCUGGAGAGUAUUUUCAUUGGCUCAGAAGAUAUACGUGCUCAGCUCCCAGAGGAUUCCAAACGCUUUGAAGGUAUAGAUGUGGAUUUCAAAGAACUCGCCUAUGAUGCAAACAACACUCCUAAUGUGGUGGAAGCCAGCAACAAACCUGGCCUUUACACUAAACUGGAGGAUCUUCAAAGCAGACUGUCUUUGUGUGAGAAGGCCCUGGCAGAGUACUUGGACACGAAAAGGCUGGCCUUCCCCAGAUUCUAUUUUAUAUCCUCAGCUGAUCUCUUGGAUAUUCUCUCCAAUGGCACCAGUCCUUAUCAGGUUCAGCGGCAUCUCUCCAAGUUGUUCGAUAACACUGCAAAGAUGAAGUUUCAGCUGGACCAGGAUGGCAAUCCCAGUAAGACUGGCCUGGGAAUGUACAGUAAAGAGGAAGAAUAUGUUGCCUUCAAUAAACCAUGUGACUGCACUGGCCAGGUUGAGACCUGGCUGAAUCGACUGCUGGACACCAUGAGGUCAACGGUGCGCCAUGAAAUGACCGAGGCUGUGACAACCUACGAGGACAAACCCAGGGAGCAGUGGCUGUUCGAUUAUCCUGCUCAGGUGGCUUUAACAUGCACCCAGAUAUGGUGGACAGCAGAGGUUGGCAUUGCCUUCUCUCGUCUUGAAGAAGGUUACGAGAAUGCCAUGAAGGAGUACUACAAGAAACAAGUCAGCCAGCUGAAUACUCUCAUCACUAUGCUGAUUGGCCAGCUCUCAGCCGGAGAUCGUCAGAAAGUUAUGACCAUCUGUACCAUAGAUGUACAUGCCAGAGAUGUGGUUGCGAAAAUCAUCUCUCAGAAGGUGGAGAAUUCCCAGGCAUUUCUGUGGCUGUCUCAGCUGCGGCAUCGCUGGGAUGACGACAAAAAGCAUUGCUUUGCCAAUAUCUGCGACGCGCAGUUCUUGUACUCUUAUGAAUACCUUGGCAACACACCACGUCUGGUCAUCACCCCACUGACAGACAGGUGCUAUAUCACCCUGACUCAGUCCCUGCACCUCACCAUGAGUGGGGCUCCAGCUGGGCCAGCAGGCACAGGCAAGACUGAGACCACCAAGGAUUUAGGCCGAGCCUUGGGAAUUAUGGUCUAUGUCUUUAACUGCUCCGAACAGAUGGACUACAAGUCCUGUGGGAAUAUUUACAAAGGCCUAGCACAAACAGGAGCCUGGGGGUGUUUUGAUGAAUUCAACCGAAUCUCUGUGGAGGUGCUCUCCGUUGUUGCUGUACAGGUUAAGAGCAUUCAAGAUGCUGUCAGAGAUAAGAAGAAACGGUUCAGCUUUAUGGGAGAAGAGGUGAACCUGACUCCCUCUGUUGGUAUCUUUAUUACCAUGAAUCCUGGGUAUGCUGGAAGGACCGAAUUGCCAGAGAAUCUCAAGGCACUCUUUCGACCGUGUGCUAUGGUGGUUCCAGACUUUGAGCUAAUUUGUGAGAUUAUGUUGGUGGCUGAAGGUUUCAUUGAAGCCAGGCUUCUGGCCAGAAAGUUCAUUACUCUGUAUCAGCUCUGCAAAGAACUCCUUUCAAAACAGGACCACUACGAUUGGGGUUUGCGAGCCAUUAAAUCAGUCUUGGUAGUAGCAGGGUCACUGAAAAGGGGUGACCCAGACCGUCCAGAGGAUCAGGUUCUAAUGCGAGCCCUGCGAGACUUCAACAUUCCGAAGAUUGUGACAGAUGACAUGCCUGUCUUCAUGGGCCUCAUUGGGGACCUGUUCCCUGCACUGGAUGUCCCCCGUAAGAGGGACCUGGAGUUUGAGAAGUUUGUCAGGCAGUCUAUCCUUGAUCUGAAGCUACAGGCCGAAGACAACUUUGUUCUAAAGGUGGUGCAGCUGGAGGAACUUCUUGCCGUCAGACACUCCGUGUUUGUGGUGGGCAGUGCUGGGACAGGAAAGUCUCAGGUGAUGAAAUCCCUAAGUAAGACCUACCAGAACAUGAAGCGCCGAGCCGUGUGGGCUGACCUCAACCCCAAAGCCGUCACCAAUGAUGAGCUCUUUGGCAUUAUCAACCCCUCCACUCGGGAGUGGAAAGACGGGCUUUUUUCCAGUAUCAUGCGUGAGCUGGCUAACAUUAGUCAUAAUGGACCAAAGUGGAUUGUGUUGGAUGGAGAUAUUGACCCAAUGUGGAUUGAGUCUUUGAAUACAGUUAUGGAUGAUAACAAGGUGCUGACUCUGGCCAGUAAUGAAAGAAUACCGCUGAAUCCAACUAUGAGGCUGGUAUUUGAGAUUAGUCACCUGCGUACUGCCACACCGGCCACUGUGUCUCGAGCUGGUAUCCUAUACAUAAACCCUGCAGAUCUGGGCUGGAAUCCUCCAGUCAGCAGCUGGAUCGACAGGCGAGAAAUCCAGUCAGAGAAAGCCAACUUGACCAUUUUAUUUGAUAAAUACCUUCCUGUUUGCCUUGACACCCUUAGAUCAAGAUUUAAGAAGAUUAUCCCAGUUCCUGAGCAAAGCAUGGUGCAGAUGCUUUGUUACCUAUUGGAAUGUCUUCUAACACCAGAGCACACUCCUCCGGAUUGCCCCAAGGAAUUGUACGAGUUGUACUUUGUGUUUGCUGCCAUUUGGGCAUUUGGAGGGGCUAUGUUCCAGGAUCAGCUGCUUGAUUACAGAGUGGAAUUCAGUAAAUGGUGGGUUACUGAAUUCAAGACCAUCAAAUUCCCUUCCCAAGGAACUGUCUUUGACUACUAUAUUGACCCUGAGACAAAGAAAUUUGAACCAUGGUCAAAAAUGAUUCCUACAUUUGAAUUUGAUGCUGGCGUUCCUCUCCAGGCGUGCUUGGUGCACACAACUGAGACCAUUCGGAUUCGAUACUUCAUGGACAGGCUGCUUGAGAGGAGGAGGCCGGUCAUGCUUGUGGGGAAUGCAGGCACUGGAAAAUCAGUUUUGGUUGGUGAUAAACUGGGUUCCCUAGAUUCUGAGAAGUACAUCAUCAAGAAUGUUCCCUUUAACUACUACACAACGUCAGCCAUGCUUCAGGCCAUUUUGGAAAAGCCAUUGGAGAAGAAAGCUGGCAGGAACUACGGCCCUCCUGGCAGCAAGAGGCUGAUCUACUUCAUCGAUGACAUGAACAUGCCGGAGGUGGAUGCUUAUGGAACCGUGCAGCCACACACGCUUAUCCGUCAGCACAUGGACUACAGCCACUGGUAUGACAGGAACAAGCUGUUGCUGAAGGAGAUUCACAAUGUGCAGUAUGUGUCCUGCAUGAAUCCCACUGCAGGCAGUUUUACCAUCAACCCACGGCUGCAGCGGCACUUCUGCGUGUUUGCGCUUUCCAACCCCGGGGCUGAUGCCCUGACCACCAUCUACAGCAGCAUCCUGAGCCAGCAUCUGCGAGGUGAAGGCUUUGGGGCGACUCUGCAGAAGAGCGGCCCCCAGCUCAUCCAGCUGGCACUAGCUGUGCACCAGAGAGUGGCUGCCACCUUCCUGCCCACUGCAAUCAAGUUCCAUUACGUUUUUAACCUCCGGGACCUUUCCAACGUAUUCCAGGGCAUUCUAUUCUCGUCAAGUGAGUGUCUGAAGACUCCUCAGGACUUAGUGAAGAUUUACAUGCAUGAAUCUAACAGAGUCUACAGAGAUAAAAUGGUGGAAGAGAAGGAUUUCGGAACCUUUGAUAAGUUGCUGUUCGACUCUGUGAAAAAGUUUUAUGAGGACUUAGAGGAGACACUUGAAGAAAUCAAGGCCAUGAAUGUUUUCUGCCACUUUGCCAGUGGUACUGGGGAACCCAAAUAUAUGCCCGUUCAGUCAUGGGGAAUCCUCAACAAGACACUUCUUGAGGCUUUGGACAGCUACAAUGAAGUCAAUGCCACAAUGAAUCUGGUCCUCUUUGAGGAUGCCAUGUCACACAUCUGUCGCAUCAACCGAAUCUUAGAGUCUCCAAGAGGAAAUGCACUCCUGGUGGGAGUUGGGGGCAGCGGCAAGCAGAGUCUUACGAGGCUCGCGGCCUUCAUAAGUUCCUUGGAAGUAUUUCAGAUUUCUCUCAAGAAAGGCUACAGCAUCUCUGAUCUCAAGAAUGAUUUAGCUGCACUGUACAUUAAAGCUGGAGUAAAGAAUGUCGCCACUGUGUUUUUGAUGACUGAUGCCCAAGUAGCAGAUGAGAAAUUCCUUGUUUUGAUCAAUGAUCUUUUGGCAUCAGGUGAGAUUCCUGACCUGUUCCCCGAUGAUGAAGUAGAAAAUAUCAUAGGAAGCCUGAGGAAUGAAGUCAAAGGCCAGGGACUGAUCGACACCAGGGAGAACUGCUGGAAGUUCUUCAUUGAUCGCGUGCGCAGACAGCUGAAGGUGGCCCUCUGCUUCUCUCCAGUGGGCAGCAAGCUUCGUGUUCGCAGCCGAAAGUUCCCAGCUGUGGUCAACUGCACAGCCAUCGACUGGUUCCAUGAGUGGCCGCAAGAAGCCUUGGAGUCGGUCAGCUUGCGCUUCCUCCAGGAUAUUGAGCACAUACAGCCAGAAUUAAAGGAGUCUGUCAGUAUGUUCAUGGCGUAUGUUCACACUAGCGUGAACAAGUCCUCUCGGAGCUACCUCGCUAAUGAGCGGCGCUAUAAUUACACCACGCCAAAGUCCUUCCUAGAGCAGAUCAAGCUCUAUCAGAACCUGUUGUCACUGAAGAGCAAAGACCUGGCCACGAAGAUGGAGAGACUUGAGAAUGGUCUCCAAAAGCUGAACAGCACUUCUUCACAGGUGGAUGACCUGAAAGCCAAGCUGGCUGCUCAGGAAGUGGAACUGAAGCAGAAGAAUGAGGAUGCAGACAAGUUGAUCCAGGUGGUGGGGGUGGAGACGGAGAAGGUGAGCAAGGAAAAGGCCAUGGCUGAUGAGGAGGAAGAGAAAGUAGCAAAGAUCGCUGUUGUAGUCCAAGGGAAGCAAAAGGACUGUGAGGAAGAUCUGUCCAAAGCGGAACCCGCUCUCAUAGCUGCACAGGAGGCCCUUAACACUUUGAACAAGAACAACUUGACAGAGUUAAAGUCCUUUGGCUCCCCUGUGUCUGCUGUCACCAACGUGACUGCUGCUGUCAUGGUCUUGAUGGCUCCUGGUGGUCGAAUCCCUAAAGACAGGAGCUGGAAGGCAGCCAAGGUGAUGAUGGCUAAGGUUGACAGCUUUCUGGACUCCCUGGUCAACUUCAACAAGGAAAACAUCCAUGAAAACUGCCUGAAGGCUAUCCAGCCCUACCUCCAGGAUCCUGAGUUCAACCCGGAACUUGUAGCCUCGAAGUCCUACGCAGCAGCAGGGCUCUGCUCCUGGGUGAUCAACAUAGUGAAGUUCUACCAGGUGUAUUGUGAGGUGGAACCCAAGAGACAAGCACUGGGCAAAGCCAACUCAGAGCUAGCGGCUGCUCAGGAGAAGCUCACCACCAUUAAAGCCAAGAUCUCUCACCUUAAUGAAAACCUGGCGAAGUUAACAGCAAAGUUUGAGAAAGCCACUGCAGACAAGCUGAAGUGCCAACAGGAGGCCGAGUCCACAGCGCACACCAUUUCUCUUGCCAACCGCCUGGUGGGUGGGCUUGCAUCAGAGAAUGUCCGCUGGGCCGAGGCCGUAAGUAAUUUCAAGCGCCAAGAGAGCACGCUUUGUGGGGACGUGUUGCUGAUUACAGCCUUUGUAUCCUACCUGGGCUACUUCACUAAGCGCUACCGCCUGGAGCUGAUGGACAAGACCUGGAGACCUUACCUAAGCCAGCUCAAGGUGCCAGUUCCAGUGACUCCAGACUUGGAUGUAUUAACAAUGCUGACAGAUGAUGCAGACAUUGCCGCUUGGCAGAAUGAAGGUCUUCCUGCUGACAGGAUGUCAACUGAAAAUGCCACAAUCCUCACUAAUUGUGAGCGCUGGCCUCUUAUGGUGGACCCCCAGUUGCAGGGAAUUAAAUGGAUCAAAAAUAAAUAUGGUGAAAACCUCAGGGUAAUUCGCAUUGGCCAGAGAGGUUACCUAGAUUCUGUGGAGAGAGCCUUGUCUGCUGGUGAAGUGGUUCUGAUAGAAAAUUUGGAGGAGACUGUGGACCCUGUCUUGGGACCUUUGCUUGGUCGGGAGACAAUAAAGAAGGGCAGGUGUAUAAAGAUUGGAGAUAAAGAAUGUGAAUACAGUCCCAAUUUCCGUCUUAUCCUUCACACCAAGCUGGCCAACCCACAUUACCAGCCCGAAAUGCAAGCUCAGUGCACUCUAAUCAACUUCACUGUGACCCGCGAUGGCCUGGAAGACCAAUUGCUGGCUUCUGUGGUCAGUAUGGAACGACCAGACCUAGAGGAGCUUAAGUCAAAUCUCACGAAACAGCAAAAUGGCUUCAAGAUUACUCUAAAAACUCUUGAGGAUAACCUCCUCUCCCGCUUAUCUUCUGCUUCUGGAAACUUCCUGGGUGACACAGAACUGGUGGAGAACCUUGAGACCACCAAACAAACAGCUGCAGAGGUGGAAAUAAAGGUAAAAGAGGCCAAGGUGACAGAAGCCAAAAUCAAUGAAGCAAGGGAACAGUACCGCCCUGCUGCAGCCAGAGCUUCCUUAUUGUACUUCAUAAUGAACGACCUCAAUAAGAUCCAUCCGAUGUAUCAGUUCUCUCUGAAGGCCUUCAGUGUGGUGUUCCAGAAGGCAGUGGGAAAGGCCCCCCCAGAUGAAAUGCUAAAGCAAAGAGUUUCUAACAUCAUUGACUGUAUUACUUCUUCAGUCCACCAAUACACUACACGUGGCCUCUUUGAGUGUGAUAAACUCACCUACACUGCUCAGCUUGCCUUCCAGAUUUUGCUGAUGAAUAAGGAAAUCAACGUAGCAGAAUUGGACUUCCUUCUGAGGUACCCUGCUCAGCCUGGGGUGGCUUCUCCAGUUGACUUCUUGUCAAAUCACUCCUGGGGAGGAAUAAAGGCUUUGUGUGUCAUGGAUGAAUUCCGGAAUUUGGACCGUGAUAUUGAGGGGUCUGCCAAGCGCUGGAAGAAAUUCGUGGAGUCUGAGUGUCCAGAGAAGGAGAAGUUCCCUCAGGAGUGGAAGAACAAGACGGCCCUCCAGAGGCUGUGCAUGAUGAGAGCUAUUCGCCCUGAUCGCAUGACCUACGCCGUGAGGGAUUUUGUGGAAGAGAAACUGGGCAGCAAGUAUGUGGUGGGCAGAUCUCUGGACUUCGCCAUCUCCUUUGAAGAAUCUGGGGCAGCAACUCCCAUGUUCUUUAUCUUGUCUCCUGGUGUUGACCCACUUAAGGAUGUGGAGAAACAUGGGAGAAAACUGGGUUACACAUUUGACAACAGAAAUUUCCACAACGUAUCCCUGGGCCAGGGACAGGAGGUGGUGGCGGAGCAAGUGCUGGACCUGGCAGCCAAAGAGGGCCACUGGGUAAUCCUACAGAACAUCCAUCUGGUGGCUAAAUGGCUGAGCACUCUGGAGAAGAAGGUGGAACAGCACAGCGACGGAGGCCACGCAGACUUCCGCAUUUUCAUAAGCGCAGAGCCUUCCGGCUCACCCGAGGGACACAUCAUCCCUCAGGGUAUCCUGGAGAACUCCAUCAAGAUCACCAAUGAGCCUCCUACUGGGAUGCACGCCAACUUACACAAGGCGCUCGACAAUUUCAACCAGGACACACUGGAAAUGUGCGCCAAGGAGAAUGAGUUUAAAAGCAUCCUAUUCGCUUUGUGCUAUUUUCACGCGGUCGUGGCAGAGAGGAGGAAAUUUGGACCACAGGGCUGGAACAGGAGUUAUCCCUUCAACACUGGAGACUUGACAAUUUCUGUGAAUGUGCUUUACAACUACCUGGAAGCCAAUGCAAAGGUGCCCUACGACGACCUCCGCUACCUUUUUGGUGAGAUCAUGUAUGGGGGGCACAUCACGGAUGACUGGGACCGUAGACUGUGCCGAACCUACCUGGAGGAGUUCAUCAAGCCUGAAAUGAUGGACGGAGAACUCUGCCUAGCUCCGGGUUUCCCUCUGCCUGGAAACAUGGACUACAACAGUUAUCACCAGUACAUCGAUGAUGCUCUCCCUGCUGAAUCCCCGUACCUUUAUGGGUUACAUCCUAACGCCGAGAUUGGAUUCCUAACCCAGACCUCGGAGAAGCUCUUCCGGACUCUGCUGGAGAUGCAGCCUCGAGACAGCAGUGCAGGAGAGGGCAGUGGGAGUACAAGAGAUGAAAAAGUAAAGUCUGUUCUGGAUGAAAUUUUGGAGAAACUGCCUGAUGAGUUCAACAUCCCGGAGCUUAUGGGGAAGGUGGAGGAUCGGACGCCUUACAUUGUGGUCGCCUUCCAGGAGUGUGAGCGCAUGAAUAUCCUAACACAGGAAAUCAAGCGCUCCCUCAAAGAACUUGGUCUGGGAUUGAAGGGGGAGCUCACAAUGACAAGUGACAUGGAGAAUCUGCAGAAUUCCCUUUUUCUUGACCAAGUUCCGGACACAUGGACAAAGCGUGCUUAUGCGUCGAUGUCUGGGCUGGGCGUCUGGUUCAUGGACCUACUCAACCGCAUCAAGGAGCUAGAAACAUGGACGUCGGAUUUCACCUUGCCAUCUGCGGUCUGGCUGGCGGGCUUCUUCAAUCCUCAGUCCUUCCUCACCGCCAUUAUGCAGUCCAUGGCGAGGAAGAACGAAUGGCCGCUGGACAAGAUGUGUCUACAGUGCGACGUGACCAAGAAGAGCCGAGAGGAGUUCAGCAGCACGCCGCGAGAGGGAGCUUACAUACAUGGCCUCUUCAUGGAGGGAGCACGGUGGGAUACACAGGCAGGAAUAAUAAGCGAAGCCCGAUUGAAGGAGCUCACUCCAUCAAUGCCUGUCAUCUUCAUAAAAGCCAUUCCAGUAGACAAGCAGGAGACUCGCAAUGUGUACCAGUGCCCAGUAUACAAGACCAGGCAAAGAGGGCCUACGUUUGUGUGGACGUUCAGCCUGAAGACCAAGGAGAACCCAUCCAAAUGGACCCUUGCUGGAGUUGCUCUGCUUCUUCAGAUAUAGAGGUUUGAAGGGAGCUUAUAUAAUUAUAUAUAUAUAUAUUUGUUAAUUAAUUCACAAAUUUCAACUCAGUCAAAUUUGUUUAAUCUAAUCUGUGACCUUUUCUACAUGUAAUCAGUGCAUCAUCUGUUUCUGCAACAUGAAUUUGAUUUAUUUCUUAAAACUACAUUCCUGAAUAAUAUAAUAAAUCAUGUGAUUAAGAUGUAUUCUCAAUUCCAGACGGCAGUUUGUUUCACAAUAUCAUGCACACAUCUCACACAGCCUAAUAAAGUAUGGUUUCUACUGUACACCUAUCUGUGGAUGAAUGUUGUAUCUUCUUUCUCCUGUGCACUGUAAAAACACCUUAGGUACCCUUCAACCUUCUACCAUCUCCUCCCCAUUUAAACAUACAAAAUGAUCUAUAUAUGGCAUCCCAUGCGUACA